AUGGAACCGGUAAACCAACCGAAUCAUUUGUAUAAUAAAACGUAUUCCGAUGCGUUACGUACGAACGAGGCGGAAACGGCACGAUGGACAGCCUACCGGCAAGAACAUAUGGAGCUGAAGGAGAAUCUACGAAUGUACCAAAAGGCCCCUAAAGCGGACAUAAUGAUCCCGAUAGGAACGAAAGCCUUCCUUCCUGGUCAGCUUUACCACACGGGAGAGAUUAUGGUCAGUCAUGGAUGUGGUUAUUUCUCCGACUGCUCCUCAGAACAGGGGCAAUCGAUCGCAGACCGACGUAUCAAGUUGGCAGAAGAACUUCUACAAAAGUACGAACGUGAACGUUCACUGUACAACGACAAGCUUGAAGUUCCACUGGCAGCCGAAGCAUUUGCUGGUGGAAAUGUACAAGAAAUCGUUGAAGCUUACGAUGAGGAAGCGGAAAAACGAUGGCGCGAAGAGCAUCGUCACCGCGUGCGCGAAAGUAAGCAGAAGGAAGCAAAAGAACGAGCAGUAAAAAAGAAUGCGGCGCAAGAGAUAAGUGACAGUGAACUUUUUGCUAAGUUGGAGGAAAUGGAGUUGCUGGAGGAGUUGGAACAUGAAAUGGAUCAGCUGGAACUUCCGACCGGGGAGGAUGAUGAUGAUCAGCUAGGACGGCUGAUGCGAGGUGAAAUCCGGAUGAACGAACGACUACGGACUGCACACAAACAACCUGUACCUGAGUCUGUGAUGGAUGCAAAAAGGGGUUCGUCUUGGACGGAGAUUCAACAGCAAACGACAACAAAUGAACCGAAAGCCGUCGAAGAGGAAGAACCGGAAGAACAAAUCGAAACGACGACGGACAAUGAAGAAGAUGAAAAUGAUGAAGAAGACGAUAUCUCGGCCGAGUUUUCACAGCUUCUAAACGAAACAAAAAAUCGCCCCAAAAAGGACAAAAUUAAAGUAUUCCAUGCGAAGCUGAAGGACGUUCGUCGACGGUUGUAUCAAAACUCGAUGGACAUUGUGGAAAAGCUAGAUCUGUAUCAGCUGCAAGAUGAAUUGGAGGAAGCAUUAGACUUUUUGCUUCCGUCGAAAGAACCCGAACCGCCCAUGGUUAAAAAGGUUAAAUUUGCUGAACAGGAACAUAUCAAACUCAUUACCAACAGACAUCAAGAGCAAACGAGUGAGGAAGAAUUACUAAAUCAUUCGAAACCGACACUCUUCCUUCCAAUCGUACAUUCGCCGGAGUGUUACAGUUCCGAUUCUAAAGAGGAGAUUGUGUCACCGGCCGAUAUAUACCGGAAAUUUCUCGCGGAAGAAGAAUCCCUCAAACAGUUGCAAAUUUCGAACCUGAAACCAAUCCUUAAGAACCAUAAUCCAAACCGUCCCCUUUCGGAACAACCAACGAAACAAGCCAGUCGCAUGACAAUGCAAUUGCCGAAUUUGUUGGGGGAGGUCGUCGAGCAUAGCAGCGUUGACGCGGUAACUGAAGCCGAUGUUCAAUCGGUACAAAAGCAGCAGCAGCAGCAGCAAAAGAGGAAAGUGAGUCGUUUUAAGCAGCAACGUAACUAA